AAGACCUGAAAACAUGUACCGGAAAAGUAGGAAGUAAUUUUCAGCGGAGUAUGUAUUAAACUAGCAGAAACAAUAUCGGAUUUCAAGUGUAAACAGUGGGCCAGAAAGGGAAGAUGAACAACAUGUCCCCCGAGGUGGCUUUGAACCGUAUCUCCCCAGAGCUGCGUCCCCUACUGUCCAGCGUGGUUCGCAAUGGUCGUGUGGGCCUUGACUCGACCAACUGCCUCCGCAUCACCGACCUCAAGACUGGAUGCACCUCUUUGACCCCCGGCCCUUGCUGCGAUCGUUUCAAGCUGCACAUCCCCUAUGCCGGAGAGACCCUCAAGUGGGACAUCAUCUUUAAUGCCCGUGAUCCUGAGCUGCCCCCAGACUUCAUUUUCGGAGAAGAUGCGGAGUUCCUGCCAGAGCCCUCUGAGCUUCCGCACCUGGUGAGCUGGGACUCCGGUGACCCGGAAUGCCUGCUGCAGCUGGUGAAGGAGCUGAUCCAGCAGUACCACCAGUACCAGUGCCAGCGUCUGCGCGAGAGCUCCCGGCUGCUGUUUGAGUACGACAGCCUGCUGGAGGACCCAAACUUCGGCCGCAGCAUGGAAAUCUACGCCGGCCGCAAGAACAGCUGGACGGGGGAGUUCUCCGCACGCUUCCUGCUCAAGCUCCCUGUUGACUUCAGCAAUAUCCCAGUUUAUCUCCUAAAGGAUACUGCCUUGGACCCAGGUGAGGAUGUGGCCCUUUUGUCUGUCAGCUUUGAGGAUGCAGAAGCCACUCAGGUCUUCCCCAAGCUCUACUUGUCUCCCAGCAUUGAGCAUGCCCUGGGUGGGUCCUCAGCUUUGCAUAUCCCAGCAUUUCCUAGUGGAGGCUGCCUGAUCGACUAUGUUCCUCAAGUGUGCCAAUUGCUGACAAACAAGGUACAAUAUGUCAUCCAGGGCUACCACAAGAGAAGAGAGUACAUCGCUGCUUUUCUCAGCCAUUUUGGAAUGGGUGUAGUGGAGUACGAUGCCGAGGGAUUCACCAAACUCACCCUGCUUCUCAUGUGGAAAGACUUCUGCUUCCUGGUGCACGUGGACCUGCCUCUCUACUUCCCCCGCGAUCAGCCCACGCUCACCUUCCAGUCGGUGUACCACUUCACCAGCAGCGGGCAGCUCUACUCCCAGGUGCAGAAGUCCUACCCCUACAGCCCCCGCUGGGAUGGCAAUGAGAUGGCCAAGAGAGCGAAAGCCUACUUCAGGAGCUUCAUUCCCCAGUUCCAGGAAGGAGCCUUUGCCAACGGAAAACUCUAGAAAACAAAUGACAGGCAGGACAACUAGACUGCUUGUGAAACAGCGUCAGUUAGUGUGCACUGAAGGUGUCUGGGUCAUGGGAGACUGGAUGUAAGCCUUUGUUUAUGUGUGUGUGUGCAUGCGCGUGUGUGUGUGUGUGUGUGUGUGUGUGUGUGUGUGUGCGCGUGUGUGUGUGUGCGUGUGCGUGUUUGUGAGUAAGUGAGUGCAUCCAUGCAUGGUAUUCUGUAAACUUAGGGACAAAUGAUAUAAAUGGUUUAAUUAUCACAUCUAUGUUGUACAUGCUUCUGUGCUGAAGAAAUGUUAUUUUCACUUUGGUUUCAUUGAUUUAAGUGAUGUUGCUGUGUUACACGCCAGACAGAGAAGUCUGGAUGUAGAUAUAUCAUACCUGAGAAAACUGAAGUGCUACCAGUAGAAGCAGUAUCUGGGAGACAGAUUUGGAGCCAGGAGACAGGGAGUGGAGCCAUCGCUUCUGAUUUGCCAUUGUAUAACUGGAUAGGGUAUCUAAAGUAACGGGAAGGUAAAAUUACAAGUGGUGAGACUGCAGUUUGAUCUGUACAAUCCUUAAAACAAUCAGUUGUCAAGUUUACCUCAGAGAAAUCCUGGGGAAAAAUAUAUUUACUGUUUUCUGUUGCAUAGAUGGCUUUGUUAGAAAACUUGAAAUGACUGCCAUGUUUUAGUUAUACUUUUUUAGUUCUGUGUCAUGAUUCUCUACAGGCUCCAGGAGAGACCUCUGUAUUGUAUGAUGGAAGAGACUCGUGUGAUUAAAGUUACGAAUGUAACCCAGUGUCCUACAUCUAAAUUUGACACGCUUCCAGCAAACCUAAACAUUGCAUAGUAGCAAGUGAACUGGUUGAACGGGCUGUCUUCCUGGUAAAAACUGAAAUGAUACUGCCAAGUUAUUGAAUUGAAAAACAGAGGAAAAAAAACCCUGGCAGAUCUCAGUCAUUGAUCUAGAUAACAUCUUCAAUGACUGAAAUAAAGGUAAAAGACUAAAGUAUUUGUAUUCUGCAGCCACAUCAUUCACAGAAAAUGCCGUCAGUCUUAUUUUGCAGAGGGAGAUUGAAAGCCUUGGCUUAAUGCAUCACCUAACAUGCUGUAACUCUCUCCAUCACGCUUCCAUCUGCAAAGGAUUCUCUGCCGUCCUUUUGUCCAGGGUGGAAGUAAUUACACUUUUGUUUGGCAAAUGAAAGGAAUCCUUUUUUACUGUAUUCUCUCAUUCAGUGGAGGACAGUUGUUGAAUGAGGGUAUGGGCUUUGAAGGUCAGAUUAGAACACCGGGUGCCUGUGUUGGGUGGAAGUGUCCGUACACUCACAAGGUCACCCAUCAAUGGUGCGCUGCUGUCCGCGGGCUUCACCCAUGGACCCCCUCAGUUUGGAGGUUUGAAGUUUGUCCGUAUGUUGGCCACAGACCCCCCGCCCCCAAAAGGGUUUUCAUUAAUUUCAGUGUAUGUGAAA